AUGAUGGCGAUUGAGGAGGAAACACAGCGUCAAUUUAUAUGGAUUGAUGGUGGUGACGGGACUGGGGGUCAAGCUGAGAGAGAGUUUAAGGUUGAAGUUGAAGCAAUUGGACGUGUUAGGCAUAAGAAUUUGGUAAGAUUACUGGGCUAUUGUGCUGAAGGAGAACAUAGGAUGCUUGUGUAUGAGUAUGUAGACAAUGGUAACUUAGAUCAAUGGCUUCAUGGGGAUGUAGGGCCUUAUAGUCCUCUCACAUGGGAUAUUCGAAUGAAAAUCAUACUUGGAACUGCGAAACGACUGACCUAUCUGCACGAGGGGCUUGAACCUAAGGUCGCUCACCAAUUGUCAGAGUCAUUACAUGAGAUGGGGAACUGUCUACUGGAGAAAACUGCAUUAGAUGAUGGUGGGGAAAGUGGUAAGAGAACUGGUUCUCAUCAAACUAUUGGUUAUAUCCGUUUGGCACUUGAGGAAAAUGGUGUGGAUCAAUGGAAGAAGAACUCCCCAUUUGAUGCAACAACUGUGUUCAGAGAUUUGAUCACCACUGUCGAUGGGCUGGCCAAUGCCUUGGUUUACAUGAUCAAAAACCUGAAAGUAGUCUUUUUCUCUAAAAUCCCACCUUCGAUGAUUGAUUUCAGAGCAUAUGUUCUGGAAGAGGAAAUUAUGGUUAUGGAAGCGACAGAUCUUAAUAUCACAGGAAGGAUCUUACAUAAUCUGGAAUUCAAAGGCAUCAAGGAUAAUGUGAAACGGCAGGAAGAGAAUGAAAGAUUUGAUUCCUGCCCAUUUCUCUUUUCAGCUGUACAAGAAUUGAAGUACCCCGAAAUUAUCUCCCAAUCAAAGUUUGGGGAAAAUGAAGAGCCCAAAAGUAAAUAUGGCGACACCACUGUAAAGACAUACCAAUUGAAACAGAAAAUCAAGGUAGAAAUUGCUGGAGAAGCAAACAAAAGGAAAAAUUGUUCUAGCAAGGCAAUCAAGAAAUUCAAGUACCAAAAGUAA